UGAUGGUGGCAACUCAGAGAGAUGCAACUUGUUACAUUCCUGUUCACAUGCACAUGGCAUAUUAAUUAAUACCAGCAUUUUUAAUUUGGCACUCCCAAUCAAGAUGGCUACUAGUGUGGAGUUGGAGAUAUUAGAAGCAAAGAUAGUAGAACUUUCUGCACAGUGUGCACAACUAAAGAUAACGGAUAAAAAGACAAGUUUGAUUAACAGUGUGUUUCUCAAAUGGCAAAACAGAAAUUAGACGAGAAUCACAAAGAAUAUCCUGCCUGUUGUCACUGGUUUGCACUAGAGUUGUAUAACCUACAUCAUACACUCAUCGAUCUAGAUCUAGAGAAUGGUGUGGGUGAUAUAACUGUUACAUUUCUAGAGAAAACUUACACCAUAAAAAGAGUUCGCCUGAAUCGAUGUGUCAAAGGCAUCGAAGCUGCUAUUGAGAUUCAUCACCAAAAAGAACCGCAUGAAAUUGUGGGAGUAAGAAGUGAACCCUCGAUUUGCUCCGCUGAACUCACCUACACGUCAUUGUAUUCCAGGGCGCUCGACAAUUUUCUAUUUUCUGAAGAUUUUUGUGAAGGAGCUAGUCUGCAUCAAUUUCCGUCCAGAAUAAGGAAGGACCAACAAUCAAUUGAGAGAUCAGACAUAACGGUUGUCUCGUUGCCAAAUUUAGUGCCCAUCAUGUGUUCGGAUAUCAAAACUACCGACUAUGACACCUCCGUUAAGGAAACGAUACUGUACGGUGUCAAUUGUGCGACUGUACAGUUUGGCGACUAUAAGUGGCCAUUGUUACUAGGAAUGCCUGGUACUCCUUCUGAAACUAUGCUUCAAGUGUAUAUGCCAAUUCCUGAUCAGUUUUGGAGAUCAACGAUAAUAGAAAGCACUCCCGAUGAUAUGGCCUUUCUUUGUACACUGUUUGUUGGUGUUUGGUACCUCCUCAAUCCAGAUGUAGAGUACGCUGAUACAUCACCAGAGUGUUACUGCCCUCGAAAGGAUGUGAAGUAUGAAGUAGUAAGCAAAAACAAACCCUGGAUCGUAAAACAAGGUGACAAAUGCUUAAAAAUAUUUGAUACGCAAAACGAUAUGGGAACGUGUGUUAAUUUGGAAUUAUUGAAUGAUAUUGGCCUCAGUUAUAAGUGUCAAUACCUGUCGGUGGUUUUUGAUGAUAGUCCGCGAUUUUAUAGUUGGAGAUACUGUGCCAGAUGUAAGCUCCGACAUUGCUAUCUUUAAAGGUGCACUGCAAUGCUUGAGGAGAGUGCAUGAAUGUGACUAUAUACACGGAGAUGUGAGGAGUAGUAACAUUAUCUUUACGGCUGGCGGUACAAGUCAUUUAAUCGACUUUGAUUUGGCCAAAAAAGUUGGUUCUUUUUACCCUAUAUCGUAUGCAAAACUCAACAUCUGUGAAAGACAUCGUACAGCCUAUAGCUCUUGGCCAAUGAAAAAAGAGCAUGAUGUGCACUCCAUAAAGUACAUCAUGUCCUUUUAUUUUCCUGGAAAGAAGUCCGACAUAGAUAGUUGUGAUACUAUUGAUCAGUUGCUUAAAAUGAUCGAAGAAAAGAGUGACUAAAUGGACAUUAUGAUAAGUAUAGUAGAUAUAUUAAUUAUGGUUACAUCUCACUCUGUGUUGCUAUUGGAUUAGCUGACUCAGCAUUA